AUGCUGCUGUUGAACUGCAUGCUCGUUGGGGACGGGGGCGUGAUUUCUACCAUCCUUGAAGAAUGGAAGACGGUUGCUCUCUUGAAGAAGGCGAUCAAGGUGGAGAAGCCGAACGACUUCAAGGACAUCGACGCAGACAAGCUGCAGCUCUUCCUGGCGAAGACGGAGAGCGGCGCGUGGCUCUCAUCGAAGGACCCUGAUAUGAUUUCUAUGCGAAGUGGAGGCAUUCCUGAGCACGUGAAGACACUGCUGAACGUGGAAAUGGACCCAGCAGACGAGAUUGGCGACGUGUUUGAAGGUGCUCCGACGAAGAAGACGAUUCACGUGCUGGUGGUU